CCCCAGACUGAGGUAGGCUGAGGAUGAGCGCCUGAGUCCAAAUGGUGUGAAAUUGCCCCCCAUUUUCUUAGAUCCUGGGUGAUCUAAAAGAUUUAUAUCUUAAACCUCAAGAGACGUCUUUCUUCUCAUUCAGCGUCUUCCCGCUUAUUUAAUAUUUCCAAAUCUGUAGAACUAGUUUCUUUUAAGCUGUUAGUCAGGCAAUCUACUGGGCACUCCAACUGCGGGGUCCUCACGGCCUUCUCAGCUGCCUCAGCCUCGGUCCGGAGAGGACCCGGCGCCGAAUCACUGACAGGCCCAGGUGUUGGGAAAAUGAUCCACAGUCUAUUUCUCAUAAACUGCUCCGGUGACAUAUUUCUAGAGAAGCACUGGAAGAGUGUUGUGAGCCAAUCUGUCUGUGAUUAUUUCUUUGAAGCUCAAGAGAAAGCUGCUGAUGUUGAAAAUGUACCACCUGUCAUUUCAACACCUCACCACUACCUCAUCAGUAUCUAUCGAGAUAAGCUCUUCUUUGUGUCUGUCAUACAGACUGAAGUGCCACCUCUCUUUGUAAUUGAGUUCCUACAUCGAGUUGCUGACACUUUUCAGGACUACUUUGGUGAGUGUUCGGAGGCUGCAAUUAAGGAUAAUGUGGUCAUAGUAUAUGAGCUCUUGGAAGAAAUGUUAGACAAUGGAUUUCCACUGGCUACUGAAUCUAACAUUUUGAAAGAACUGAUUAAACCACCAACAAUUCUACGUUCUGUCGUCAACUCUAUUACAGGCAGUAGUAAUGUUGGGGACACACUCCCCACUGGACAGCUGUCCAACAUCCCAUGGCGUCGGGCAGGGGUAAAGUACACAAAUAAUGAAGCCUAUUUCGAUGUCGUUGAAGAGAUAGAUGCAAUUAUAGAUAAAUCAGGAUCUACAGUCUUUGCAGAAAUUCAGGGGGUCAUUGAUGCUUGCAUUAAACUAUCUGGAAUGCCUGACCUUUCCCUUUCUUUCAUGAACCCAAGGCUUCUAGAUGAUGUCAGCUUCCACCCCUGCAUCCGGUUCAAGCGUUGGGAAUCUGAAAGAGUUUUGUCAUUUAUUCCUCCAGAUGGAAAUUUCCGACUCAUAUCAUAUCGUGUUAGCUCACAAAAGUAUGUUGGUGCAUCAGCCAGAUACUGCCAUCAUAUAUCAAUGUGCUGGGUAGAACUGCCUUCCCUGUUUUGUUCUGACAGUUGGAUACUUGAAUUCACCAUUGCUCUCUUUAGCCAUGGUUCACCAGGAGAGCCAAGGACUGGUGAAAAUAUGUCUAAAAUAAUCAAUGUACCUUGAAUCUGAGAGUAUAGAGUAGUAGUAAAUGAGACUUUGUCUUUAUUAAAUGGUUCAGGUUGUUUUUCAUGUCUUUUUAAGGUACUAACAUGGGAUGUGGGGAAAAUUACUCCACAAAAGCUCCCAAGUCUUAAAGGACUGGUAAAUUUACAGUCUGGAGCACCCAAGCCAGAAGAGAAUCCAAGCCUCAACAUACAGUUCAAGAUCCAGCAGCUUGCGAUUUCGGGCUUAAAAGUAAACCGCUUGGACAUGUAUGGGGAGAAAUAUAAGCCAUUUAAAGGAGUGAAAUAUGUCACGAAAGCUGGAAAGUUCCAAGUGAGGACAUGAGAAGAGGCCAAAAUUCCUCAAGACCUGUUUGUUUUCCAAGUGUCAUUACAGUUUAUUACUAUUAGGUACCAAGUGGGUGGGAAUACGUAUUCUAGUUAAAGCAUUUGUGUCGAGCUACACACCGCUAAUGAAGUUGCUUAGUAAUCAGUGUAGGGUUCUUAAGGAGCUUUAAGCUCAGGUAACUUUUGAACGACUUAGCUUAUUUUGUAUCUUUUCACGUAGGAAGAUUUGGGAGGUGAUUUAGGGCACCAGCUGGAGCUGCACAUGUUAACAGUGAAGGCAGAAGGCCACAGUGAUACCCUCUCUCCUGAAACAAGUGAACUGGUCUCAGCCAGCAAGAGCUGUCUUAAUCUGGAGUGUGUCAGGUGCAGCCAAAUGUCCACCUGAUCUUAGCCAUCCCAAAUCCGCGUCUGUCCCAGCAGAGGAAAUUUCCCCCACCCCAAGAAGUUUACAAAAAACUGCCUCUUCAAGUGUUUGCCUUACUCAGCUUUUCACUUGUGCCAUUAAGCAAGCACUGUAGCAAAAGCCACUUCCACAUGGCCCUGGCCGGGAGCACUGCUGCUCCAUGCCCCAUUCUCACUGUACUUGGUAUUGUAUUUUUUAUAAAUAAGAUUUUUAUGUAAAGCUCCGAUUUUGAUUUACAGGGACCUUGCUGCAGUUAAGUACCAUCUCAGUUUUGUGCCAUUGGUUCAGCUGUUAGCACAGUAAAAAUCAUUUGUAUCAAAAGGGCAAAUGCUUUAAGGUAAUAAAAGGGAACACUACUGCUUUUAGGAAGUUACAGCAAGCACAAGCAUUUGAGAUUUUAAGUAAAUUAAAGUACUGAAAGAGAAACUUAA